GCCAGGCUGUUCUGAUGCCUGGGACGCCUGGCUGAGGUUUUGGCGCCGGCCACGGUCUGGGGAAAAAAGACUGCCCGUCGGCCCACGGCAGCGCGAACCCGAGCGCCGGGCGACCCUCGGUCCUGAGAAGACCGGGUCGCCGCCUUCUGGCAGCUAGAGCCCCCUUCCCCCAGGGACUAGGCUUCAGGGCUCCGCGUAUGGGCGCCUUGUUGUUUCCGGAGGCUCAGGGCCAUGUGUUUGAAAUGAGCCUUCUCAGGUACAGCCCCUCUGAUUAACACCCCCGCCCCUCAUGUUAACCGAUGACCGUGCAACUGGCGGCAACCGUGUGGGGGUCCUUGCACCUGAGCAGAGGUUACUGCUGCCAUCAAAUCAAACUCGUGCUUUGUCGUUAGUCACAGCUGUGAUGUACUGUCGAGUAUUAGUAUCGGGCACUAUGCUAGUAAAUGGUCCUGCUAAAUGUCAUUCUUCUUUAGACUCUAACCGGUAUUGUGGUGACGUAGCCAAAUUAGGUUCUUUUACUUUUCUAAAAAAACAUUUUUCAGUACUGGCUUUACAGUUUAUAAUUUCCCAGUACUGUGUUCAGUAGUACCAGCAAGAGUUUAGUCCUCCUAGUACUCACGUUACCAGGCUCAUCCGGAUCUCUCCUCACAAGAGGAGCGUGUAGAGAAGAGAGUUUGGCUGUCGUCCCCAGCCCCGCCCUCACACACCGCUGGGCAGAUCGUUCCUGCAGGAGCGUCCUCUUCCCCGUCUCAAGGAACAGGCGAGCCGCUCUUUUCUACCCCCUCUGGGAAGAGCUGUCCUGGGAGCGGCGUUUUCAUGCUGAAUUAGACGUAUGCUCUGUGGCUGGACCACCAGAGGGAGCCAAGACCAGCUAAGAAGAGGAGAUGUCUCUGGUAGAACUCCUGCUCUGGUGGGACUGCUUGUCUAGAACUGGUGUUGCAGCAUCCCUGGAAGUGUCAGAGAGCCCUGGGAGUAUCCAGGUGGCCCGGGGCCAGACAGCAGUCCUGCCCUGCACGUUCACUACCAGCGCUGCCCUCAUUAACCUCAAUGUCAUUUGGAUGGUCAUUCCUCUUGCCAAUGCUAACCAGCCUGAACAGGUCAUUCUGUAUCAGGGUGGACAGAUGUUUGACGGUGCCCCCCGGUUCCAUGGUAGGGUAGGAUUUACAGGCACCAUGCCAGCCACCAAUGUCUCUAUCUUCAUUAAUAACACUCAGCUGUCAGAUACAGGCACUUACCAGUGUCUGGUCAAUAACCUCCCAGACAGAGGGGGCAGGAACAUCGGGGUCACUGGUCUCACAGUAUUAGUUCCCCCUUCUGCCCCACACUGCCAAAUCCAAGGAUCCCAGGAUAUUGGCAGCGAUGUCAUCCUGCUCUGUAGCUCAGAGGAAGGCAUUCCUCGACCAACUUACCUUUGGGAGAAGUUAGACAAUACCCUCAAACUACCUCCAACAGCCACUCAGGACCAGGUCCAGGGAACAGUCACCAUCCGGAACAUCAGUGCCCUGUCUUCAGGUUUAUACCAGUGCGUGGCUUCUAAUGCCAUUGGAACCAGCACCUGUCUUCUGGAUCUCCAGGUUAUUUCACCCCAGCCCAGGAACAUUGGACUAAUUGCUGGAGCCAUUGGCACUGGUGCAGUUAUUAUCAUUUUUUGCAUUGCACUAAUUUUAGGGGCAUUCUAUUACUGGAGAAGCAAAAAUAAAGAGGAGGAAGAAGAAGAAAUUCCUAAUGAAAUAAGAGAGGAUGAUCUUCCACCUAAAUGUUCUUCUUCUGCCAAAGCAUUCCACACUGAGAUAUCCUCCUCAGAGAACAACACAUUGACUUCUUCCAAUACUUACAACAGUCGAUACUGGAGCAACAAUCCAAAAGUUCAUAGAAACACAGAGUCAUUCAACCACUUCAAUGACUUGCGCCAGUCUUUCUCCCUCCAGUCAGGCAAUGCCAGUAUACCAUCCAUUUAUGCCAAUGGGAACCAUCUAGUCUCAGGUCCACAUAAGACUCUGGUAGUGACAGCCAACAGGGAGUCGUCGCCGCAGGUCAUGUCCAGAAGCAAUGGCUCGGUCAGCAGGAAGCCUCGGCCUCAGCACACACAUUCCUACACCAUGAGCCACGCAACACUCGAGCGAAUCGGUGCCGUACCUGUCAUGGUGCCAGCCCAGAGUCGGGCCGGGUCCCUGGUAUAGAACACGAAGGGGUGUUGUGUUCAGAAAUGAAUAAAUGGAAUGCCUCCAUACAAGGAGGAGGGUGGGGUGGGCAGGUGCUGGGAAAGAAACACUUUCCUUGUAAUUAUAUUAGUAAAAAGCACAAAGAAGGCGAUGCUGUUACCUGGCCAUGAGAUGUGUGGAAUGGACUGGAAUGCUCCACCAUGAAGACUUGAUUUCCCACCACAGGUGUCCGGGGGUUCUAUUCAAAAAGCUGAAUCUCAAAGAUGUGCCAAGCCAAGGAAAAAGAUAUAAGAGCAGAAUAGCACUUAAAACCCAAACUGCAGUCCAGAUGGGCUUGUUCUUUAAUUCAUGCCUAACUUAAUAAUUUUUCAAAAGACUAAAGUGCCAGAUGGAGUUUAAAUAUUGAAAUUAUUUAAAAAGAUAGGUCUUUAAGGAAAUAAUGAGCAACCCUGUGAUAUGUUCUGCCUCUCCCCACUCAUUAUGUAGAGGGCUUAAUGGCGUAAACGGUUAACAUUGGUCCCAACAGUGCUGGCUCUUCUAUCAUAUAAUCAAAACUUUUUACACAAACAAAAUUAAGUAAGAAAUAGGGGAAAACAAAGGAAACUUCUUUGAGAAGCCCCUCAAUAUUUAUUUAUUUAUCUAUCUCUUCCUGAACCAUGAAUUUCAUAUUUGGAAUAUUGCUAUAUUGACAGAUUGUUACCUGUCUAUGUUAUUCUAGGAUCUGUUACAGGUCCAUGGCAAUUACUGUUCAUUUUUUCCUGGAAAAAUAGUUUUUUAAAGAAAACCUUUUUUUUUUCCCAACACAUGAGAGGCAUUGGGCUAGGAAAGACAAUUUGUUUAAUACCUUUUUCAGGGAUUGUGUCUAGUGAGCCCACAGGAGGUACAACAUACCAUCCUGAAAGUGCGCGGUUGUGUGGGCAGCACGGAAGCAGGAAGGUGAGGCUAAGGGUUGUAGCCUUGCCCCGGGCAGCCUCUCAGAGCAAGGCUUUCCAGGCCUUCCUUGCUGUCACUCUAACUUCUUGCUGUUACUCUUAAUGAGGGCAACACCUGAUGCCUUUUGUACUAGCGUAGAUAACUUUCUCCUUGUCUGACAUAUAGAGGUUACCAGGUUGUUACAGGGAGGACAGGAGUUGUUUUGUUUUUGUUUUGUUUUGUUUUGAAAGAGAUAAGACUGAGACAAAAGGAGUGUGUCCCAGAGUGCCCCUGGAAGGGACAGCCCUCUAUCUGUGACAGCUCAAGAUUGUAGUGUUGCCCAAAUGCAGUUUACAACACUGUAAAGAGACUCCUUUUGUGGUUAAUUGGCUGGCCUUGCAGUACACCAGAUUGAUUUAUAAACUCCCCACUCUAUUUUGUGCUAUGUAGAUCUGGCUAUUAUGCUACAUAGUGACUAUCUCGCCUUAAUCACACUUCAAGCAACCUACAAAUUUCUUCCCAGAUUUGUUUUCUAAAUUAUUUAUGACACUGACCCCAUGAUUCCAUAGGAGUGUAUUUUCUUCUUGGAUGUGUUUUCUUACUCCCCCUUCCUACCAUGCUUUUUGUCCUCUUUUCCUGCAAGCAUAGUCUUCACAGGGAGUGGCCUUCUGACCUUUUUUCAGUUAUUUGAAUGAAUGGAAACCAUCAGCUGCUGCAUACACUGUUUUUCCAAGAAGGCCACUCUCAGAACCUAACCAUUGCAACCACUUCAAUAUUGAUAAAAAGAUGAAUUUACUUUAGCAUUACUUAUUUUUUCCAUUUGAUGGUUCUCGACUUUGUAAAAAUUUAAAUAAAUGAAUGUCUAUACUUUUUAUAAAGAAAAGUGAAAAUACUGUGGCAAAGAAGAUACUAUCAGAUGCUGUGUAGGAAGCAUUUAUCUUGCAUUUCUUUAUUCUUUCUAAUUAUCUAAAAUUCAAUAAAAGUUUAUUCAUAUAAA